AAAACACUUACUUAGUCCCAUCUCUAGCUUCGUACAUGUAUAUAAGAUCGUCCUGAGGUGGAACCCAUAACACAUACAAACAAGUCUAAUUCUUGAUCUUGAAUCUUGUAUUAAGAGAGAUCAAGAUUAUAUAUUCUAUUCGUCUUACAAAAAUGAAACAGACCAAUCUCCUGGUAUGUAAAUUAUUCAUAGGAGCCCUGUUUUGGUUAGGCUCUGUUUUGGUUAAUGCAGAAGACCCAUAUAUGUUCUACACUUGGACUGUUACUUAUGGUACAAGAUCUCCUUUAGGUGUUCCUCAACAGGUCAUUCUUAUCAAUGGACAGUUCCCUGGUCCAGCGAUUGAAGCGGUCACAAACAACAACAUUGUUGUUAAUCUCAUUAACAAGCUGGACGAGCCAUUCCUCAUCACCUGGAAUGGAGUGAAGCAGAGGAGGACAUCGUGGCAAGAUGGAGUAUUGGGAACAAACUGUCCGAUCCAACCAAACUCGAACUGGACUUACCAGUUUCAACUUAAAGAUCAAAUCGGUACUUACACUUACUUCGCUUCCACGUCACUGCACCGAGCCAGUGGUGCUUUUGGUGCUCUCAACAUUAACCAGAGAUCUGUUAUUACGACUCCUUAUCCAACACCCGAUGGAGAUUUCACCCUCCUCGUCUCUGACUGGUUCUCAAAUAUGACCCACAAGGACUUGCGAAAAUCGCUCGACGCAGGCUCUGCUCUUCCUCUUCCUGAUGCUCUUCUCAUCAAUGGAGUCUCUAAAGGUUUAAUCUUUACCGGUCAACAAGGUAAAACAUACAAGUUCCGGGUAUCCAAUGUCGGUAUAGCUACAUCGAUAAAUUUUAGGAUUCAAAAUCACACAAUGAGCCUCAUUGAAGUAGAAGGCGCUCACACUCUUCAGGAGAGUUAUGAGUCGCUUGACGUCCACGUUGGUCAGUCCAUGACCGUCCUGGUCACUUUAAAAGCUUCUGUGAGGGACUAUUUCAUCGUGGCCUCAACCCGGUUUACAAAACCGGUACUAACCACAACCGCGAGUCUCCGUUACCAAGGCUCCAAAAACGCUGCAUAUGGGCCUCUCCCCAUUGGUCCUACUUACCAUAUCCAUUGGUCCAUGAAACAAGCAAGAACCAUUAGGAUGAAUUUGACGGCAAAUGCUGCAAGGCCAAACCCACAAGGAUCAUUUCAUUACGGGACCAUACCAAUAAACCGAACUCUAGUCCUAGCCAAUGCAGCCACAUUGAUCUACGGGAAGCUUCGGUACACAGUAAACCGAAUAUCAUACAUCAACCCAACAACACCAUUGAAACUCGCUGAUUGGUACAACAUCUCGGGCGUGUUCGAUUUCAAGACAAUCAUUAGCACUCCAACAACCGGACCGGCUCAUAUUGGUACAUCGGUUAUCGACGUUGAACUUCAUGAGUUCGUCGAAAUCGUUUUCCAAAACGACGAAAGAUCAAUUCAAUCUUGGCACAUGGACGGUACUAGCGCCUAUGCUGUCGGAUACGGGUCAGGGACAUGGAACGUGACCAUGAGGAAACGUUACAACUUGGUUGAUGCUGUUCCAAGACACACUUUUCAGGUGUAUCCGUUAUCGUGGACAACCAUAUUGGUGUCGUUGGAUAACAAAGGAAUGUGGAAUCUAAGGUCACAAAUAUGGUCGAGGAGGUAUUUAGGACAAGAGCUCUAUGUUCGUGUUUGGAACGAUGAGAAGUCUCUCUACACUGAAGCUGAGCCUCCUCUUAACGUUCUUUAUUGCGGCAAAGCCAAACGUCCCCUUUAGAUUUAUCAUUGUUAUCUUUUCUACUGAAUUAGGUCACAAUUACGUGGAGUGGAACAAAAAAUACAAACGUAGUCCAAACGGAAAGCUAAUUGAUUUUUCAAUAAAGAGACAAAAUAAAAAUGAAGGAAAAAACUUUCUUUUGUCUUAUGAUUUGAUUCUGUUUUUUUUUUUUUGCUCUCUUAAAUUCAGAUUGUGUUCAUGUAUCUAAAGCAGAAUUGGAAACCAAAAUUUGGAUACUAGAAUUGUCAGUUUGACAUAAAAUUUUAUGUAAAUGAAUUGAAACCAAUCCUAAGCAGUCAUCACUUAUC